GCUUCGCCUGCGGGACGUCGAGAUUCGUGAUGGUUUAUUUCUACGACACUGAUGUCGUUCUAGUGACGCAAACAAACAGGAUGCGAAUACAAUAUCAUUUCCAUUAAAAUGUACAACGCUUUUUCGAUCAGUGUUUUGAACAUCUCGUGACUUAGUGCAGGAAUAACAAGUUCAUUGAAUUCUGCAACCAUGGUUUGUUUGGGAUAUUGGAAGAUUUAAUUUAUAUUUAGGCAAUUGAAGGCGCCAUUUCCAAGUCUUAAACGUGUCGUGGUGGCUUCUGGCAAUCCUGAUAAUUUCGCCAACGGCACAGAAGUAAACUGCAUGGCUAUCGGGUUCGGCCUUACUAAUGGAGAAAAAUGGUCGAAUGAAGGGCUUAUGAUUGAUGCCGUUAUCAGAUAUGGCAAACCACCAUGUAUAUCUGGUAGGAGGUCACUCGAUAAAGAGUUUUUAUGUGCCAAAACCGAAAACAAAACGGUGUGUAGUGGAGAUAGCGGUAGUCUGUUGAUAUGUGGUGAACAGCAGUACGGCAUAACUAUUCAUACGAGAAAUUUAAAGAUGGCAGGUGAAGCGAAGUGCGGUAUCGAUACAGUCGAAGACAAAUACUUAUUCGUCUAUAAUUAUAAAGACUGGAUAUCUUCGUAUAUAGACCCCCCUAAAAAAGAAGAAAAGUCAUAUUGUCCAAUAAUCAAGCCAUUAGUUAGUACGAUGUUCGUUGCAUUCAUGCUACUCGAAAAAAAUUAGAAAGCUGCAUAUACUACAUUUUAAAUAAAUAAUUAUAUAUGUAUUAGUUUUAUCAAAUACAAUGGCGUUCUA